AUGUAUAUCUACAUCCAAUUUUAUUCUUUUCUUCAUUCUGCAAUAUCGACCUCACUUUCUUCUUUUUUCCUAGUCUUUUUUUUUAUCAUACUUUAUCUUCCUGACUUCUUCUCAUUUUCUUCUCUAUGCCAUUUCUUAUCUUUUACUUUUUUUUACCGUUUUUCAUUCACUUAUUUCUUUUCUUUGAUUUUCUUUUCCUCUCCAUUUUUAAUUGUCUUCAUCUUGUCUUACUUAUGUCUUCUUUCUUCAUUUUCAUCUGUUUCCCUUUUAUAUUUAUUUUCCUUUUUUCUCUUUCUCUUUUACUUCUUCUUCUUUAUCUACUCUUCUUUCAUUUUCUCUUCACUUAAAAUCAUUUUGCUUCUUUUCUCUUUCAUCCCUUCAUCUAUUCUUUUUUUCACAAUCCUUAUUCUUUUACCUUCUUUAUUUCCCUCCUGUGCUCUUUCGUUCCCCCGUUUUAUUGUCUGUCUUUCUUUCUUUCGACUUUUGUCGUAUUCUUCUUUUCUUCAUUUAACUCAUAUAUCCUUUUUUAUCAUCUUUCCAUUUUUCGUCCUUUUCGAUUUUUCACUCUUACCUUUUUCUUUUUCUUCAUCCAUUUACAAUUUUCUUUUUUUCCUUUUUAUUUCACCUUCUCUUUCUUUUCUCUUACUUCCUCUCGUUUUCUCCCUCUACACUUUUUUGUUGUCGUCGUUAUUUUUUCUUACCUUCUCUUCUGUUCAUAUUCUUUUUUCUUUCCUUGUAGUUUUCCCAUUUUCUUUCUUUACCUUUUCUCUUUCUUUUCCUUUUCCCAAUACGCUUCCUUUAGUCAUCUUUCACAUAUUUCUUCCUCUCAUUUCUAAUCUUUUUUUUUCUUUGUCUUUCUCUUUCCUUUCCAGUACUAUUGUCUUUUCCUUUGCUACUCUAUUUUUUAUUAUUAUUAUUACCUUUUGUUUUCUUCGUCUUUGGAUAUUCUCUUUCUUCGGAUGUCUUUUAUAA